AUGAGCUCAGUGGCAGUGUUGACACCUGAGAGCUUUGCAGAGCACCGCAGCGGCCUCAAAGACCAGGAGAUCACAGGCUGUGUCCCAGAGGAUGAAGCCUAUAUCCCCACCUAUCUGGAAGCCUUCCCUCCUCUCCCAGAGAAGGGCACACCAGGGGAAAAGACUGGGGAGCAGCCAUCAGCAUGGGGCAGCAGGAUCAGACCCAUCAAAGCCUCUGUUAUCACGCAGGUCUUUCAUGUCCCCCUGGAGGAGCGUCGAUACAAGGACAACAGCCAGUUUGGGGAGGGGGAGGAGGCCAAGGUUUGCUUAGACAUCAUGCAACGUACUGGAGCUCACAUUGAACUGUCCCUGGCUAAAGACCAAGGCCUGUCAAUCAUGGUUACUGGAAAACUGGAUUUUGUUAUGAAAGCUCGAAAAGAAAUAGUUGCACGUCUGCAGACACAAGCCUCAGCCACAGUAGCCAUCCCCAAGGAGCACCAUCGUUUUGUUAUUGGUAAAAAUGGCGAGAAGCUUCAAGAGCUGGAACUGAAGACUGCUACUAAGAUUGCAAUACCUCGCCCUGAUGAUCCCAGUGCCAACAUUCGCAUCACCGGCACCAAGGAGGGAAUCGAGAAGGCUCGGCAUGAGAUUCUUCUCAUUUCUGCUGAACAGGACAAGCGAGCUGUUGAGCGUUUAUCCCUGGAAAAAGCCUUCCACCCAUUCAUCGCGGGAGCUCAUAACCGUCUGGUGCAGGAGCUGAGCCAGGAGACAGGGGCCCGCAUCAGUGUGCCUCCACCGAGUCUGCCCAAAGACGAGAUCGUCAUCACGGGAGAGAAGGAAGCUGUGGCUCUGGCGCUCAACCGAAUCCGGGCCAUCUAUGAAGACAAGAAGAGGAAGACCACGACAAUCUCCGUGGAAGUGAAGAAGUCGCAGCACAAGUACAUAAUUGGACCAAAGGGAAACACUCUGCAGGAGAUCCUGGAGGCUACAGGGGUGUCUGUGGAGAUGCCGCCGCUGGAUUCUGCCUCCGAGACGAUCAUCUUGAGAGGGGAGCCUGAUAAGUUAGGCCCUGCUUUGACUCAAGUUUACGCAAAGGCUAAGAGCGUGAUGGUCGUUGAGGUGACUGCGCCAGCCUGGCUUCAUCGCUUCAUCAUUGGGAAAAAAGGGCAGAACAUCGGCCGUAUCACGCAGCAGCUUCCACGGGUGCAUAUUGAGUUUACAGACGGGGAAGAGCGCAUCAGCUUGGAAGGACCCACAGAGGAGGUGGAGCAGGCCCAGGCUCAAAUACAAGAGAUCAUCAAAGACCUGCUGGUGAGAAUGGACUACACAGAAGUCUUCAUUGAUCAGCGUUUUCACAGACAUCUUAUUGGAAAGAAUGGAGUAAACAUUAAUCGGAUCAAAGAGCAGUACAAAGUAUCAGUCAGGAUCCCCCAGGACUCGGAGCGAAGUGGUCUGGUUCGGAUUGAAGGAGACCCCAAAGGAGUGCAGCUGGCUCGGAGAGAACUCAUCGAGAUGGUUCAAAGGAUGGAAAAUGAAAGAACCAAAGACUUGAUUGUUGAACAAAAAUACCAUAGAACAAUUAUUGGCCAGAAAGGGGAAAAGAUCAAAGAGGUUCGAGACAAGUUCCCUGAGGUCAUAAUUAACUUUCCGGACCCAGCACAGAAGAGUGACAUUGUCCAGUUGAGAGGACCAAAGAAUGAGGUGGAGAAAUGUGCUAAGUUUCUCCAGAAAGUCAUUGCAGACUUGAUCGAAAACAGCUUCUCCCUCUCUGUUCCCAUCUUCAAGCAGUUUCAUAAAAAUAUCAUUGGUAAAGGUGGAGCCAACAUCAAAAAGAUUCGUGAGGAGACCAACACUAAGAUUGACCUUCCAACAGAAAAUAGUAACUCGGAGAUGAUUGUUAUCACAGGGAAGAAAAGCAACUGUGAAGCUGCCAGGGAUCGAAUCUUGGCAAUUCAAAGGGAGCUUGCCAACAUUAAGGAGGCAGAGGUCACUAUCCCAGCCAGGUUGCACAACUCUCUUAUCGGCUCCAAAGGCUGCCUGGUCCGCUCCAUCAUGGAAGACUGCGGUGGUGUUCACAUUCAUUUUCCUUCCGAGAGCUCUGGCUCAGAUAAGGUCACCAUCCGGGGACCAGUGGGUGAAGUGGAAAAAGCCAAGAAACAGCUUCUGCAGCUGGCUGAAGAGAAGCAAGUCAACAACUUCACUGCUGAGCUCCAGGCAAAGGCAGAGUACCAUAAAUUCCUGAUUGGCAAAGGAGGGGUGAAUAUUCGCAAAGUACGAGAUAAAACGGGGGCACGAAUCAUCUUUCCAUCAGCGGACGAUGUUGAGCAAGAGUUGAUCACCAUCGUGGGCAAAGAGGAGGCUGUCCGUCAGGCGCAGACAGAGCUGGAGGGUCUGCUUAAAAACCUGGAUGAUGUCGUUGAAGACACUAUGAGCGUGGACAUUCGACACCACAGACAUUUCGUUUGCCGGAGAGGGCAGGUGCUGAGGGAGCUGGCCGAGGAGUACGGAGGCGUCGCCGUGAGCUUUCCCCGCACUGGAUCCAACAGUCAGAAAGUGACUCUCAAAGGGGCGAAAGACUGUGUGGAGGCCGCAAAGAGGCGCAUACUGGAGAUCAUCGAGGACCUGGAGUCUCAGGUGAGCGUGGAGGUGGCAAUCCCUCAGCGUUACCACCGCGCCGUCAUGGGUCCAAAGGGCUGCCGCAUCCAGCACAUCACCAGGGAACAUGAGGUCCAAAUAAAGUUCCCCGAGAGAGAAGAAAGCACUGCAGGUCAGGACGCUUUAACUCAAGAAAAUGGGGAUAUCAGUCCUGAGGCGGAGUUUAUCCCUCGAAAGUGUGACAUCAUCAGCAUCCAGGGACGGGCAGAGAAGUGUGAAUUUGCUAAAGCAGCUUUGUUGGCUUUGGUACCCAUCACCGAGGAUGUGAAAGUGUCUUAUGAUCUGCACCGUUAUAUAAUUGGACAGAAGGGAAGUGGAAUCAGAAAAAUGAUGGAGGAAUAUGAAGUGAACAUCUGGGUGCCACAGCCGGAGCGCCAACUUGACGUGAUCAAGGUGACGGGUCUGGCUGACAAUGUAGAGCGAGCCAAAUUGGGUUUGUUUGAAAGGGUCAAAGAACUUCAAGCAGAGCAAGAGGACAGGGCUCUGCGCAGUUUUAAAGUCACAAUGUCUGUCGAUCCAAAGUUUCACCCAAAGAUCAUCGGCCGUAAGGGAGCGGUUAUUUCUCAGAUCAGAAAAGACCAUGACGUGAGCAUACAGUUUCCAGACAAAGGCGACGAGCAGCAGGACCUUAUCGUGAUCAGUGGUUAUGAGCGUAAUGUGGAGGAGGCGCGUCUGGCCAUUCAGCAGCUGGUGUCUGAGCUGCAGGAGAUGGUGAGUCACGACGUGCACCUCGACCCGCGGACCCACGCUCGCAUCAUCGGCACUCGCGGGAAAGCCAUCCGCAAGCUCAUGGAGGAGUUCAAGGUGGAUAUUAGGUUUCCUCAGCCUGGAUCUGACGAACCAGAUAAAGUGACAGUGACCGGGCUUCCGGAAACUGUGGACAGCGCCAUUGACCACCUGCUUAAUCUGGAGGAAGAAUACAUGCUGAGUGUGACUGAAACAGAGACACUGGCAGCUUACAUGAAACCCCCCUCUCGAUACGGAGGGGGUCCGGGGGGAGCAGGAGGAGACGACGGCGGUCCUGCAAAGGGAUUUGUGGUUCGGGACGCCCCCUGGAACGCAGCUGGCAACAAGCAGGCUCCGGACAUGAGCAGUGCCGAGGAUUUCCCCAAUUUUGGGAGUGGCGUCGCCCCAAAGCAAACCUCAGCCUGGGGCCCGAAAAAGUUCUGA